AAGCCCAUCUGAACUGGACACGAGGGUUAUGUAGUGCUGUGUCGGUGAUGUUUAAUAUUGAAUCUUCAGCUGUGGCGCUCAAACUCUCUCUGAUUCGUCACUGAGAGCAUCUGAACCAACAACAGCAGUGAAGAGCAGCGGGCAUCAGCCUCAUCCAAUUAACCAGUACUUCUGGGGUGCCUGGCCCUUCACCGAAGACAUGUCAGCAGAGGACGCAUCUAGUACAUACCGUUGAGUAUCAGGGGUCAUGGAGUCUCUCUUCGGGGGCCAGUUGGGCUUGCUGGGGGGUAACGAAGGUCUUAAAGAAGAUGGCUGUGGGGUGGGCUGGUCGAACUCUCCCUUAUCAGAAGACAUGUACUCUGCCUCCCACUUCGCCCUCAUCAGCGCCUACCAGGACAUUAAGACCCGACUGGCAGGCCUCGAGCGAGAAAAUGCAGACAUCAAAAGAAAACUCAAGAUUUACGAGAUAAAGUUUCCCAUGAUAAGCGAGUUUGGAGAUGACAGGAACUCCUACUGCUCCUUUGAGCCCAAAGACACAGCGCUGCUCCAGUCAGAGAAUGGCAGUCUGCAACAGAGAGUCAACAUGCUGACCCUCGAGCUUCAGAAGGGCAAGGAGCGAGAGGAGCAGCUUGAAGAUGUCAUUCAGGCUUAUGAGAAAAUCCACAUGGAGAAGUCCAGCCUUCAGCGAGACCUCGACAAGAUGACGUCUCUGGUGGAGAAACAUGUUGAGCGGAUCCACAGUUUAGAGGCAGCUCUGAGGCAGAGGGAGAGCUCACUGCACAAACUCAACACACAGCUACACAAUAAAGACAUGCAGUAUCUGCAACUACACAACCCUGACUCUCAUAUGCUAGACUGCCCCAUGACCUUACAGAGCUCCCGAAGUCUGGACACCCUCUCUGACCUCAAACUGCAGCGUCUAGAGGCGGAGCUUGAGGGGGCUCGGCACGAGGCUCAGGGGGCGUGUCAGAGGGAAGAGGAGCUAAAAACUGAAUGUGAGAGGUUACGGGAAGAACUGAGAGAAUUGCAAAGCAACCAGAGACAGAGGGAUGUGAGUUCCACAUGUGGACAGUGUGAUGUGGAGUGGAUAAAGAAAGUUGGAGAUGAACAAGUAAAUCUGGCUUUGGCCUAUACUGAACUAAUAGAGGAGUUGGGCAAGCUACAGGCCCUGACCUCGAAACAGACAGAGAUAUUGCGAAAAGCCUCACAGGAGCCAGCAAGCCCAGUUCAGCGUCACUCUCCUGUCCCUCACCAGAGGCAUUCUCCUGUUCCGCAGCGCCAUUCCCCAAUCCAACAGCGCCAUUCUCCCAUACAACAGCGCCAUUCGCCUGUUCCCCAGCGGCGCUCACCAGUGCUGCAGCGUCUCUCUCCAGACAUGCAUCGUCGCUCACCUCUGCCUGAGCUCAGCGAUGGCCCCGCAUCCUAUUCCUGCAGGCCCACUUCCCACCACUUGAGGGCCAGUUUCCAGGGAAGACGCAGUUACUCUGAAGUAGCGGAUCCAUCGGCUUAUCAACGGCCCCCACGGUUCACUCUGGACCCGGUAUCCACUUUGCCGAAACCUCGACCAUAUGUUGACAGCUACCACAAGAAACAGCAGCAACAGCAGCAGCAACAACAGCAACAUGGAGGAAGCCAGCACAUGUUAGUUCAAAGACAGGGCUCUCAGUCUGGGGUUGGAGGUGAUGGGGGUUUGGCUGAAUCUCCACGGCUGUCCAGGGAGCUGUCUUUCCACCACUCGGAUGUGACCCACUUGCAUUUUGAGCCUCAGCCCAGCCCAGCACCUCUGCAUUCAUCCCCACAGCCUCCACAGUCCUCAGAGGAUGAAGAGGAGUGGUCCUGCCCUCAUCCCAUUAGUCCUCCGCGAACACUGGGGGUGUCGAGCCCCUCAUCAAGCUCCAGAGGCCCUGCCUCUUGUUCCGCUUUCCCCAUUCCUUCCCGUCCCAACACCUUAAGCUGUCACCCACCUGGAUACCUGCACGCAGAGCAUGCCCAGUCUUGGCCAUCCAUCAAUCUGUGGAUGGAGACAGAGGAGGAGGGUGACGUCAGGAGCUGCCCGCUGUGCCAGCUAAUCUUCCCUAUUGGUUACCCUGAUGAUGCCUUGAUCAAGCACAUUGACUCGCACCUGGAGAACAGCAAGAUCUGACACCCACAGCCACGCCAUGACCUUCUGUUGUUCCACAGUUAUAUUCAUUCUUUGCUCCUGCUAUUUUUAGCCGGGUGCCUUCAGACAGAAUGUAGGCGAUGCACCUGUGGCCAGUCUCCCGAUUUGAUAAGUGAAACGGAGAUCUGUGAUUACCUGCAAAACUCAAAUGUGUCAUGAAUGGCUUAUAUCUCUAUAUAUCGCUUCUUUUCAUCAAACAUUUCUUGAACAAUUUUAAUGUUCUAUUUUAAACACUGUUUAUCAGCAAUUACAAACACACUAAAUCAAACUGACGGAGCAUAUUGCAAUAUUAAGGCUCUCAUUUCAGCUACAGUUCAACUACAGUUCCCACGAUUAUGAAUGGGCUUUGUGACCAUUUUUGGAGAACUGAGUAGUUAUGAGGGUGCUAUACAGGAUGAGUAUGAGGGAAUAUUAGACAUAAUGGCCAAUGGUUGCAUCAUUUGAAUUUUAGCACUUUAUAUAAGUACUUAAUAUCCAGUUUAACACUGAGGCAAAAAGGUAAAACCUUAUAGAAAUAAUUUAUUUUUUAAUACUCCAGGGUCUUGAAUAUCCUUAAAUAUAUCUUAGUUUGGCAGGAUUUCCCUUUAACAAAACUGAAUUCUUUGUAAUUAUCUGUAAAUUCACAAUCACAUCUAUUUUGUUUGUCUUCCGGGGUGUUUGGCUGUAAAAAAAGGGAA